AUGCGUACUGGCUCUUCCUGCUCCGAGUUCUCACACGACGCGGCUCGUGCAACUCGCUCAAGGGCGUGCCGUUCGUCCACAAAAGUUCGUGACGCUGUUCUCGAGGAGCGAGACGCUUCGACAAACUGGGCGACCAACUACCACGAACAGCAGCGACUCCAGCGUAAAGCUCGCGGAUGGCGAAGUUUCCUCCGCCCUUCCGUCUUUGGUGCGAGCUUGGCAAGCGUGGGGCGCACCAUCGUAGGACCGGUGGCGCUGCUGUUGCUGUUUAUCUUGACGAAAUAUCUAUCGGCAGACGCAACGUUCCUCAUCACAUUCGACAACAACUUCCUCGCGUUCACCGAGCGCGAUCUGUCCAUGGUUGGCGGGUGCACCGACUGCAGGGGGCCGUGCAAAAUCGUUCUGCUCAAGUACGGCCUGUUCGAAAGGAAGGCGCUCACCAGCGCGCCAGUGUUUGCAGCAUUUGCAGGCCAGCCUCCGACGGAGUCGCUGUAUGACUUCAGCUCUUUGAGCCCUGAACUCCUCGCCCUAGCAGAGGCCUUAGACGCGGGGGGCGCGAUCUGCGAGAGCGGAGUCAACGACUGGGGGUCCGCCAUCAGCGUCGUUACUGCUGCACCGCAGCUCGUGAUGGACGUCGUUACACUCAUGAAUCUCAACAUUCCUCCGCAGUCGAAGAAAGAGCUUGAGCUAGGCAUCGCUCGUGUUGAGGAAUGUGCGACCACGUGGACUAUAAUGGCAAUCCCGCGACAGUUCUCCCUUACAGGACCCCCACGCAGUAUCGAGUUCGGGAAAAUAUCGGCCGUAGCGAUCAACAUCUUCCCCGACUACACCGAGUGUCGGCCAGACACGUCUGCAGACGGUUGUUCGAAGCUGGCGCUAGCGACGGGCGGUCGAGACUUGCUGGAAGUCGUUCCUGAGGCUCUAACGUUGUUUCCGUACAACUUCAAGAGCAGCAUGAGCCCGGUUUCGCAUGUAAUCGAAGCUGUGGAGACGAAAUUAGAGUCAAGCACCGUUCUGGAGCCUCUACAGCAGGCAUAUUACGGAGGUUGCCGCGUCCGGGAGGUGAAUACUACUGGUGUCUACAUCGAGGCGGACUGCGAGACUUCGCGGCACUGGGAAAUCUACGGCUUGAUGGUCCAGACUCCCGACGACAUCCCGCUGUGCAGUACAGACGACGUCUGCGUCCACAACUCGUACAACUCGCAAUGGGAGUGGGUGAGCGAGAUCACGGCGGCAAAGCACAACGGCGUCGUCAUGUACGUCAACACAUUCCGCCGUCGAUUCGCCGACAAAGUCGGGAUUAGUAUCCUUCCCGGCCUGGUCGUCCUGCAGAUCUUCGUCAUGGGGAACCUGAUUCUGUACCAGAACGGCAGGAUGCAGGUGCUCUACCUCGCGCAGAUCGGUUACCACCUCCUUCUGAACUCGGACCUGUACUUGAUCGGGUUCGCGACGGGCACGCUAACGACCGAGUCGAUUGCGAACCUCACAAGCUGUUUCUUCGCCUUCUCGUACUCGUUCGUCAAUUUGGCAAAGGCGCGUUCAGGGGAUCAACGUCUUGACCGCCAUUUCCGAUUGAUCUGGGAGACCAUGCAGGUUAUCAUUACUGGGUGUGUGGUGGCGGCGCUGCGUGUGGUGCAACGCAAUCCCCUCGAGUCGAUCAUCUCGACGAACGCUCAAAUUCUGCGCAAAACGUCGACGCUCGGAGAGAAAUAA